AUGGCUUCUGUACCAAAAGAGAUGCCAAACACUGUUUCAGUUGAAUUAAAUCUUCUUCACCCAAAGCCUAUCCCCAUUUUCAACCACACAACCAUAAAUGCUCCAAGGUUUUCUGUCCAGUUUCUGGAAUUUAAAAAUGAUAAGAGCAAGAGAGGAGAGUACAGUUUAAGCUGCUCUGGCAAUAUUAGAGCCACCUGUAACGGUCUAAUUCUGCUUGAUAACAAAUUGAAGAACGGAGGACUAGUAGUCAUGAAUCCUGUGACUAGGAAGCUGAUUGCACUUCCGCUGGGUACUUUAUCUCGUCCACAUGAUGAGUCCUAUGGUUUUGCAUUGAUUGAUUCUACUGGUGAAUAUAAAGUAGUCCACUUGUUUCGGGAUGAGUUGAGGUAUGUUAGCUGUGAGAUUUUGAGUCUUCGGACAAAAGCAUGGAGAGAAGUCAAUGGUCCUUCAUUUGGGUUCUUUAAUAGGUUUGUAGAUGGACCUAUUUCAGCAAUUGGAGGUCUGCACUGGAUUCCUCAAGUUGACCGUAGCGAAUACGUAGUCUCUAUUGAAGUCGAUAAGGAGAAGUUUCACCAAAUUCCACUCCCAAGAAGUAGCAGAACUCAUGAUAGGAUUGUUGAAAUGGGUGGCGCUUUGGGUCUUGUUGUUCAUGAGGACGUGAACCAUAUUGACAUUUGGAUCUUAAAGGGUUUAUAUGGAGAAGUCUGGACGAAGUAUCACAGUAUCACCGUGGGUUCCAUAAUAGACAUGGUUCCCCUUUUUAGUUUAAGAAUCAAGGGCGACAUUAUUUUCAAGCGAGAUGAAGAUGGUUCCUUUUAUGUUUAUGACUUCCAACAUCAAGAGAUGAGAAAGGUUGAGAUGGUAGAAGGAUGUAUCCCGAGGUCUUCUACAACAUACCUGCCUCAUGUCAACAGCCUUGUUUCAUGGAUGGAAGUAAAUCUGGACAUGUGUGAUUGA